UUUUAUCUGAUCCAUGGCGUUAAAGCCUCCCCCUCCUCACAGUCGGUCGGAGAGCUCUUCUGAUCAGUGACAUUUUCUAGUUAAUACGAAGAAGAUGGGUCUUCUCGACAAGCUCUGGGACGACACGCUCGCCGGACCUCAACCGGACAAAGGCCUCGGUCGUCUUCGCAAGCCCACUCCACUCUCCUUCCGCUCGUACUCCGGGAAAGGGGGAUUUUGGACUGCGGAAGAUGAGAUGGGGGAUGGCGGGAUCUCGAAAGAUUUCGGUUAUGAUUCGCCAGAAAAUACACCGAGGGUGACGAGGAGCAUUAUGAUUAAGAGGCCUUCGGGAUGCUCCUUGCCGACGCCGCCACAGUCACCGGCAGGAUCGGCUCCUCUUAUAUCCCCGUUAUCAGGGGGCAAGGAAUGGAAUCGAUUUAGGAGAAUUUCUUCCUCUGAUGCAUAUCCGGGAACAGUUGGAGGAGGGUCUGCAAAGAGUCCGUCUUCACCUUAUCAGGUGUGAGCUCUGUUGAGCUUUUGAUCUUUAGAGAUUGAGGAGAGGUAAAGACACCAACGGAGAGUGAAUCAGAAGAAUGUGAAGGAAGCAGAUGUGCGUCUAUCUAUAUCUAUCUAUCUAUAUGUAUGUAUGUAUGUAUGUUUGUGUUAAGACAAGUUGACCACGGUUUAUUAUCCUGCUGUGCUGUGAAGCUUGAGUUGAAUAGCUGUUGUGAAUGGUAAAAAGUACUGUAAAAAAGCGGUUGUCAUGUGUUUUGGUUUGUUUGGAUGACAAUAAAAGUGUUGUGUGUUUUCAUGCUGCCUGAAUAAUUA